GUGAAAUUGAGAUUAUAUACACACAGACCGACGAUAGGAAUCAACAAAGCGCUGCGUUUGUGAUGAGAGGAGUGCGAGUAUGUGUGUGUGAUGUGCGUAUUAGUGUGCGAAUGUGUGAAGUGAAGAAAGUAACAAAUACAUUGAAUCGAACGCGAACAUAUUGUACGGAAUAAUAUGAACGUCGUCAAAGACUUUGUGUAUUCAUCAGGCGAGAGAGAAAGAGAAUACAGUCAAAAACCAAAAUCCGAUGUAAAGAAGAAGAAAAAAAAAAUAAUAAUAAGAGUAAAGUGACGAUUGAGAAUAAGAACGAGUUGAAAUAGCUGAGUAUUUGACCGCGAUACUGCGCUUCAUCAUAAUUCUCUUUUUUUCUCACUUUACUAGAAUUUACAAUUUUAAAAAAUAAAUAACAAAAACAAAGUCUGAAUUGAUUUGCGACGAGACACAUAGAAAAUUACGAAAGAAAGAAAAAUAAAUCGUACAAUUGUAUUUUUGACUGAUAAGUGUUUUGCGAAAGUCGAUCGAAUUGAAUAUUUGUUUAUCUGAAAACAGAAAAUCGAGCACAAAUUCACGGCAAUAAAGAAAAGAAACCAAAUACAAAAGUGAUCAUCGUACAACGACGACGACGACGACGACGACGACGACGGAGACGACGACAACAACGAAUUGUCGUGCAUUGUUUUGAUUUUUCGUCAAGUAAAUCCAAGUGAAGAGAAGCAUCGUUGUUUGAAAAUCUGUAAUUGUUGUUGGCUUUUUUCUCGUCUCAUCUUCAUCGCACUCAUACUAGAUUCGGUAGCCAUAGACGCGUUUGUGUAAUUUCUUUCUGUAUUAUUUUUUUUCUCUCGGUUCGGGUUCAUUUAUACUGUUGCAAAACAACAACAACAACAGAACAGAAAGAAAGAAGAAAAAAAAUAUUGAAAUUUUUUUCGGUGGAAUCAAUCGAUUCCAGUUAUCGAAUCGAGCAAUUUUAUGGCAAACAAGCAAUAAAUUGGUGUUCGGUGGUGAUGCGAAAAAUUGCAGCCCAACACGCAAUUAGUUAUUGGAGCUACAGAGCGCCCAGUUUGUCGUCCGUCGUGUGCCACAAUAAGAAAAUUGUUUCGUUUGAGCGUUGCAACAACAAAAAUUUUGAGCUACGCAUAAAAGUGUGAAAGGGACAAAGAGGGAGAGAUAGAAAAAAGAGAGAGAGAGAGAGAAAGAGAAGGAAGGUGAUCUGUUCCAUCGCUUGUGACGACGCAACAGUUCUCGAUUUGCUCUUUUCAAUCGGACGAAUCCGUGCAACGGAAUUUCAAUAAAUAGAUCGUGCGUGUUGUUUUUUUUUUUUGGGCCGUACGAAGUUCGAAUAAACAACAACAAUGGAUGCUUGUGAGGCCGUCGAAAAGGAAUUGCAGCGUGUCAUCACCAAAUUUAGUGGAGUGCAUGAGCAUGCCAAACGUAUGCUUGGAGAUGUGACCAAAAAUUUUGAAGACUUAAAAUCAUCAAUUGCUGAAGUUCCUGCCGAUGAAAAAUUGACCACCGAACAAAUGCUUUUGUUGCGCGACACAUUAACCAAAACAAAAGAGAAACUACAACGUUUGACAACCGAUCAUCGUGAUUUACACGGUGCCGUUAGUAAAAUCGGCAAAACCAUCGAUCGCAAUUUUGUAUCCGAUUUUUCGUCCACCACACGCAACGAUGUACUGAUCGAUGAGCAAAACAUUCAAUUGCUGAACAAAGUGAUUGCCCAGCAUUUACAACGAAACAAUUUGGACGAUGUUGCGGCAACUUUAAUUAAAGAAUCCAAACUGCCAGCCGAAGAAGUCGUUUCAGAUCCAUUUUCUAAUUUACAUCGCAUAUGGGAGGCCAUUUAUCGUGGCGAUCUAACCGAAGCCCUCGAAUGGGCCACCGAACAUUCAACUAAAUUAGAAUCACGUAACAGCUCAUUGGAGUUUAAACUUCAUCGCAUCGCAUUUUUGCAGAAAUUAGAUGCCGAAAAUGGUGGCGGUUCACCAAUUGAAGCGAUCGCCUAUGCGCGCAAACAUUUUUCUAAAUUUGUCGAUAAAUUCGAAAAAGAAAUUCAAUUAUUAAUGGGCACAUUGAUGUAUAUUCCCGUUGGAUUGGAGAAUUCACCGUAUCGCUGCCUUUGCGGUCCUAAUCUAAUGAUUGAGGCGGCUGACACUUUUUUGAAGGAUGCUUGCAGCAUUUUGGGCAUAACUAAAGACUCACCACUAACCGUGGUCACCAACACAGGAUGCACUGCACUGCCAGCUUUAUUAAAUCUCAAACAAGUUAUGAUGUCGCGUCAAGUGCUUGGCAUUUGGAAUGGACGAGAUGAGCUUCCAAUUGAAAUCGAUCUAGACGCUGAGCAUCGCUAUCACUCGAUAUUUGCAUGUCCAAUUUUGCGCCAACAGAGUUCCGAAGAGAAUCCACCUAUGAAAUUGGUAUGCGGUCACGUAAUAUCGCGCGAUGCUCUAGACAAAUUGUGUAAUGGUCCAACGUUAAAAUGUCCCUAUUGCCCAGUUGACCAAAGUCCAAGCGACGCUAAAUUGAUAUACUUUUAGAGGACAUAGGCUUAGAAUAGUCUUAAAAAUUGCACUAAAUAGGAGACCACGACAAAAAAAAUAUAUUAAAAUUGUUCUAACGAAUUUGACAUUUAAUCGAGGAAAAAAGGAAGAAAAAAAAUUAAAAAAAAAACACAGAAUUUGAAUUUUUAACAGCUUCUAAAAACCGAAAUUUACGAAGUAUAUUAUAUUAUAUAUGUGUACAUGAUAUAUUGAAGAAGAAGAAACAAAACAGACACAAAAAAAAACACAAAAAGGGAAUAAAAGUUAAAAUAAUAAUAAA